GCAGUUGCCAAAAUGUACGCGGAGCCUUCCUGGGAAGCUGGCAGACGCAUUUGGACCAGCUCUGCCAAUGUUUACGAGGAGCCUGUAGGAUCAAGCAGAGCAGGAGGUAAAGGGAAAGGCUCCCAUCGAGGAAAGGGCCAAAAUAGACAGAAAGGUCGGAACAAAGGCUAUCCAUUGUACAAUCUGACGCCUGGAGCAGAGGUCAGAGGUCAGGUCUCCUCAAUCGUACCAUUUGGAGUCUUUGUGGACAUUGGUGCGGAAAAGGAUGGUUUGCUCCCUUGGCCCAGGUGUACACUUCAACAGAACGAUGUGGAAGUGGGACAGAUGCUGGAAACCCUUCGCGUCGAGACGGUUGAUCUUGCGAGACAGCGGUUCUCGCUCGAAGGUCCUUACGAGGAAAUGGACUGGACGACUUGGAAUCCAGAGGCACUCUGGAAUGAGGAUGCUCCAUAUGCAGCCCCUGGCAAUUGGUGGGGUCAGCCUGAGAAUGAGUCCUGGCACACAGCUUGGCACGGACAGGAGACUUGGGAUUGGUAUUCAAGUGGCGAGCUGGAUGCUUACAGGCAGCUUGUUGCAGAGCUCCCAGCAGUCCCACCUGAGGAGAUGAGCCGGGAGGAACUGACCGCGGGCGUUUUCAGAUUUCUGGACGUGGACAAGGAAGGCUACCUGAACAAGCCCAAACUCUUUCAGUUUGCGGAGCUGACAGGAUUCGAAGGUGACAGCGUGGCUUGGGGGGAAGAGUACAACUUGAUGUGCACGGAGGUCAAUUGUGACCAGAAGAUUGGCCUGAACCAGAACAACUUUGAGUCUCUGGUGGCUGAUACUGGAGGAUGCCCGUGCACAACGGAAGAGUUAGUUUCGAUCUACCGAAGCCUUUCAGAGCGGUCCGCCGCAAAGCUGCUGCAACUUCGAGCUGGAGCUCCAACAACAAAGCGUGAACAACUGAAGCGAGAUGCCUUCACUUGCUUGGACAAGGAUGGGAAUGGCUUCCUAAACUGCGAGGAAUCAAUGGUGUGGGCCCUCGCUACAGGAUUCGAAGGGGAUGAUCGCAUGUGGCAACAACAAUACAUCGAAUUGUGCAAGGAAGCUGGCACUUUUCAAGGAGUAAACUUUGAGAAGUUUGGAGACAUGAUUGACGACGAUACUGAGGAAGGUGUGGGCAUGACAGAUGAUGAAAUUCGACAGAUGAUCAAGGAUGUUGCUUUCCUAAAGCCUGAAAAGAAGGAGGUGCACUACAGCCGGGAAGACUUGAAGCAGUCAGUGUUUGAGAUCCUGGAUACUGACGGUGACGGCUUUUUAGGUCAAGAGGAGCUUUGGCCGUUUGUCCAGCAAGCUGGCUUCGACGGAAACCAUGCAGAGUGGAAAGAGGACUACCUGGAGCUUUGUGCUGAAUACCAAGUGGAUCCAAGUCGAGGCUUGAGUUGCAUGGAUUUUGGUGCUCUUCUGGACGAUGAUUCAGAUCAGGGAAUCUACUGCACAGAGAACGAGCUAAAAGCGAUUCUUGAAGAGAGGCAGGAAGAGGCAAAGUCAAAGAGAGGCAUUCCAAUGAAAGAUGAAGCGAAGGGGGUGGAGAAGGGCAAAGGGAAGGGCAAGGACAGAAACCAGGCAAAGGGAAAAGAGAAAGGAGCAGAAAAAGGCAAAGAAAAAGGCGGUAAAGGCAAGGAGAAGGGCAAGGAGAAGGGAAAGGGAAAGGAGAAGGGUAGCAAAGGUAAGGACAAAGGAAAAGGGAAAGAAGCUCCAGAGGCACCAGAGGCAAGUGGAACCCCAGAGGGAGACCCACUGGCAGGUGCAGAUCCCUGGUCAACCCCUUCGGCACUGCGGCACAAAGAACGACUGCAGCAAGAGAAGAAAUUAGAAGAUGAGACAUGGAACCAGUGGCGAGAUGCGGGCAAGCCAGGUGCUGAAGUCGAUACCGCCAAGCCAGCUGUAGAUGGUCAGAAACUCUUGGAGGCUACCAGAGCAGCCAUCGCCAAGCGAAAGGCCGAAGCGCAGGCGAAAGCCCAAGCAGAGGCUGAGGCGGAAGCUGCAAAGGCCAUGAGGCCAGAAGAGGAUGCAGAGGAGGAGGACGAAGACCAGGCACUUGGAUGCGAGAAAAGUAGAGUGCCGACCCAGGCUCGACCCCCUCCUCCACCAGUUCCUCAUGCAGAGGUGCUCAGCUGUUCUGUGCUGCAAGUAGGCAAGUUCUUGUUCGCAAGUCCUGUGGAGGCAGAAGACGAGGAUUUUUGGGCUCCCAGCAUGCAGCCCAAGCAAGGCCAUCAAUUCUUUGUGAUUCUUGUGAUAUGCAGAGCUUUCCACCGCAUUGAUGCAGAUGAUGGCAUGUGGAAAGCGGCCCCGCAGCUCAAAGCUGUGUCCAUGGGUGCUGCCCUCGCAGGAGUGGGUGCCGCAAUAGCACAAUUGGCCAUGGGAGACAGGGAUGCAAUUCAGGAGCUGGCACGGCAUGUGGGUGGUGCCCCCUGUGUGGCACAUGCUGCUGCCGUUGCCAGCAGCGCCCUUGGGUCCCUGUUGAAAGGCAGAACCGAGGAGGCUCGCGCUUUGCUUGCGCUGGAUGAGGUCCUACUGCUCCCGGUGGAGGGAGACGCCACACUACUGCGUGGCCUCGAACGUCUUGCCCAAAGCGUUGGGAGUUCGGGUGCGCCUUUGCCGCUGCGGACCUUGGUGGCUGCUUUGUCAAAGGUGGAGGACCGGCAUACGGAAGUGCGCUCUGCGGCCUGUGCGGCCACCGAAGCCCUGGUCAAAGGUUCAGAUCCGUUUGCAUUUGAAGCUCUUUUGCCAGCCUUGGCGGCAUCUCUGGAGCCCCGACGCAGUCCUGCCAUGAAGCUGCACAGCUUGAAGCUUCUGAAGCUUUGCUGGCGACGCAGCAAGGAUGGUGAAGCUGCAGUUGCUGAAAAGCUUCCAGAGCUUCUGCCUAUCACAACAGCAUUGCUGGUAGACACCAGCCACGAGGUGCGCGCUGUGGCAACAGAAGCGGUGGAUGUGCUCAUGUCCCUUUCGGGCAACUCUGAUCUAACGCCUCACAUGGAUGAGAUCAUGAGCUGUGCCAAAGGCAACCGUGAUGUCUCCAAAUGCGUGCGGGACCUUGCAGAGGUUAUCUUUAUUCAGCGGGUUACCGCCCCUGCACUUGCAGUCGUAUUGCCCAUCCUAAGUAAAGGCUUGAAGAGCCGAAACGCUCGCACACAGCGCCAGGCUUGUCUCAUCGCGGAGAACAUGGGACGUCUUGUCUCUGCCGUAGCCGACCUGAGACCUUUUGCACCAUCACUUUUGCCACAGCUGAAGCGCAUCAGCGAGGAGGUGGCAGACCCAGACGUGAGGGCUGUAGCCACUCGAGCUCACGACUCUUUGUCGGAGGUUGCAGCUGCAGACCGAAGUGGCGCAGUGCGCAAGGAGCUUCGAGCAAUUCUGGAGAUGGCAGUGACUGAAGCAGAUGUAGCUCUUGCAGGUGCUGUGGGUGGUGGGCGUGAUGUUGCUCCAGCACCAUGCCCUGGCAGUGUUCGUGAUGUAGUGCUAGAUCACGUGGUGUUACUUUGUCUUGGUUUCGGGCGCAACUCUUCCAAUGCCUGGCGCAACCGUUUGGUGCCACUGCUUGAGAGUGCCUUGCCAGGUUCGGCUUCCAGCUACAUUGACUUCAAAGGCCUAAUUUCAAGCCUUCGAACAGUAGCUGAGCGCUUGGCUUGUGCACCAGAUGAUGUGGAGGAGAACCUGUUGUCUUCAGACUCUGACGAGGAAAGGCUUCCCCAGCUCUGCGACUGCACCUUCACUCUCGCUUGUGGGGCUGCGACUCUCUUGACAGAGGCAAGACUUCAGCUCAGGAGAGGGCGUGUUUAUGGAUUGGUUGGUGGAAACGACAGUGGGAAGAGUACGCUUCUCCGAGCGAUUCAUGAUCGCCGGGUGUCUGGCUUUCCGUCUGUAUCGGAAAUCCGCACUUCACUUGUGGAGCAUGGUGUUGGAGAGCGAGCUCCUGAUUGCGACUUGACGCCCAUUGAAUUCCUGAUGGCGGAUCCAUCGAUUCAGAUGCUUCGCCAGCAACACGAGGUUGUUGCAGAGUUGAAGUCCAUGGGAUUUGAUGAAGGAGCCAGGCUUAGUCAGCCAAUCAAGACCUUGAGCGGCGGCUGGCGUAUGAAGAUGGGCCUGGCGCGGGCUAUCCUGCAGGAUGCAGAUGUGGUGCUGUUGGAUGAGCCAACUGGACAUUUGGAUGUCGCGCACAUCGCUUGGCUCGUGGACUACAUCAGCCAAUUGCAGGACAACACUGAGAAGAUGGUGACAGUUGUUGUAGUGUCACACGAUGUGCCUUUCCUUGACAAGGUUUGCACACACAUAGUUUACGUCAAUGGGAGCAAGUUGCAGAUGCAUCGUGGCAACUUUUCCACCUUUUUGGCUCGUGUGCCAAAUGCCCAGCUCGGCUCCAAGUCUGAGGAGGCGCAGCCGCUGUCCGCCUUCGUUCUGCCUGAGCCUGGACCCCUAGAAGGCGUCCGUUCCAAAGGAAAGCGGUUCUUGUUUUUGGAGGAUGUGGUCUUCACAUACCCCGAGAGCAAUGUUCCUGCUGUGAAGGGAGCCACGGUGGAAUGUUCCCUCAGGAGCCGUGUGGCCAUCAUGGGUCCCAACGGUGCCGGCAAGUCCACAGUGGCUGGCUUGGUGGUGGGAGAACUAGCUCCUUUGGCAGGAAAUGCUUGGCGACAUCCAAACCUGCGAAUGGCCUACGUUGCGCAGCAUGCUUUCCAUCACCUCGAAGAACACUUAGAACUCACCGCUGUGGAGUACAUCCUAUGGCGAUUUCAGGGCAACGAAGAUCGAGAGGCAUUAGCCAAUCGUGCAGACGAAGAAGAAUGCGCGGAACCAAAGGCGUUCCGGGUGGUCGAUGACCACUUAGUGAUUUGCGAAAAGGAUCACCCACAGGCUGGCCUUUCGACCGCAGGAAAAAACCGCUGGAAAGACAUUUGGCUCAUUUGUUUUGGCCCACAGGCCUUGGAGCCAGAGAUCAUUGCGGAUAGGCGACAGCGUGGACGCCUGGGAUACGAGUACGAGAUGCGUUGGCGUGGCAGGACAAAUACCACUUGGAUGUCCAGAUCACAGGUUGCCUCAAUGGGAUGCUUGGGUAUGGCCAAGCGCGAGGACGAACGCCAAGCUGCACAAAGAAGUUUGAGUAGCCGUCCUUUGACCUCUCCGGCAGUCGAGGCACAUUUGGCUGGAUUUGGGCUCUCGAAGGAGGAGGCCUGCCACCGCCGCCUGGGCGCUCUUUCCAGCGGUCAGCGUGCUCGCGCUGUUCUUGCAGCCUCUACCUGGUUGGCUCCCCAUCUUCUGGUUCUGGAUGAGCCCACCAACUACCUGGACCAGCCGGCCUUAGCAGCUCUGGCUGCUGGGUUGAAGGGCUUUAGCGGUGGCGUGCUGGUGAUCUCCCACACUGCCUCCUUUGUGGAUGAGGAAGUUGUGCUGUGUUUGUGCAACUGUUUGCUGAUGUCUCGCAGAACCAAGAGAUGCUGCUCGGGUGGCACAAGCCAAGCGUUAGUUCUGACCGCCCAGGGUGCCUUGAUACGAGAUGAAGAGGAGGCCCUGUAG